AUGAUUAACCAGUGCAUUUCCACAGAGUCCACCUUUAUUCUUCUCAAUGAUGCUCCACGUAAAGUUUAUUAUCCUCAAAUAGGCUUGAGACAAGGAGAUCCCUUGUAUCCAUAUCUCUUCAUUCUCUGUAUGGAAGGUUUAUCUAGAGGUUUGAUUCAAGCUGAAAAUGUUAACCUCAUUCAUGGAUUUAAAGCCAACAAACACUGUCAUUCUAUCUCUCACUUAUUCUUUGACGAUGAUUGCUUGAUUUUCAUUAAGGCAAGAACUAAAGAUGUUAGGAAUUUAGCUACUCUUAUUAAUCAAUCUAGUAAGUUCUCAGGUCAGGCUGUUAAUUUUGAGAAAUCUGCACUGGCUUUUAGUAAUAAAGUUCCAAAUAAUGUGAAGAAUGAGAUAACCAAUAUUCUCAGGGAAAAAAAUGUCCCUAAAUGA